GACCGGUGCCCGCAGUCUUGCCAGACGACUCGGUGCCCGCAGUCUUGCCAGAAGACUCGGUGGCCCGCAAUCUUGCCAGAGACGACUCGGUGGCCCGCAGUCUUGCCAGACGACUCGGUGCCCGCAGUCUUGCCAGACGACUCGGUGCCCGCUGUUCCGCACCUUGUUCUUGCCAGACGACUCGGUGCCCGCAGUCUUGCCAGACGACUCGGGGGGGGUGCCCGGUGCCGCACUCCGGUGCCCGCAGUCUUGCCAGACGACUCGGUGCCACUGUUCCGCCAGUUGACUCGAUGCCCGCAGUCUUGCCAGACGACUCGGUGCCCGCAGUUCCGC